CGACACUCAUUGACGCUAUUGAUAAACUUUCGAUCAGAAAAGGUGCCUGAUUCCUUCCUGCGGUGCAACAUUUCAUCAACUCCUGCAAGCAAAAUGAAAAAAAUAGCAAGAAUUCACGGCUGGACGAGAUUUAUUUAUUCCGCUGAUAUUUAAGUUCUGCUUCAUUCGCCGAGUUUCAACGUGAAAACCCAAAGAAAUCAGUUCUGACGUGGAAACGAACAGGAAGGUUGAACAUGUCGGAUUCUAUUUAGUGGAACCUUGGUUUUGCAGGUGUGACGUUUGCAGGGAUUCCCCUUCUCAACCAACCAACCACGUUGAUGAUUAAAAUCAUGAAGUGGUAUUCGACUGCAGGAGCUUGAAGGUUUAUAGGAACAGACCCAUUAUCGGUACUUUUAGCCUUUGUUUCCAUCACAGUGUAGAAUCCAACAAUCCAACAGAGAAACGAGAAGAAAUACUGGACGUAAAACCAGUUCUAGGUAGGACAUAGACCAGUAGGGGUUUGUUAUGCUGGCGUCUAUACUUAAAGUUCAGCUGAAUGUUGAUUGAUGAGGUUCUAUUACUUGACGAGAACAUUGAGAGGUCAGGAAAAAUGAUUGUCUUCUUCAAGUUUAACCAAUCAGAAACCCCCAUAGUAGUGGUUCAGGGUCUUUAUUCUCCAAUGAAAAUAGUCUUGAAAGAGGUCCUUCAGGAGCAGUUCUUGCGGUCGGAACAUAUUUCGGGUCUCAAUAGUGCAUCCUGAAAGUUCCUGUAGCGGAAACCGGUCCAGAGUCUGUAAAGAAAAGAUGGACAUAGCUUCUUUGAUGUCAUCUACUAGUUCAUGGGGUGCUUGAAGUUUGGAAUUUCAUCGACACAGUCUUUCAAAACCGGAUAUGACCAACAGGGAAGUCAAGGAACUAAAACAGAUUCCUAAAACCUGCUUUGUUGUCUGUUUUCCCUUAAAUGGGACCAAUAUUUAAUAAAUAACCACCCCGUUGUAGUAAAGAAAACUUGGAACGAGCAAUUGAGACCAUAAACUCAUGAAGAUAUACAAUCAGACGUUUUUUUGCAACCAGAGGAGUCGCCCCCUGCUGGUUGUUAGGCAGAAUAUAGGUUUUUAAAAAAUUCACUUUUUUUUCACCUGGAGGCUACAUCCAUCUGUUAUUUACAAUCUGUAGUGAAGAUACAGGAAAGGUUUUGACCACUAGAGGGCACACUAAUACAGAUGUUUUUCAAGAUUUUCAGUUCAGGAAAAAUCUGUCCACACGACUGUCAUUUUCCAAAAUGUCAGAAAUAAAUCAACAAAACAUUGAAUACUAGAGAAGAACUUUCGGUCAAUUCAUUGUUUCUGUGGACAUUAAAACACAGAUAAUGUUGACGAGGUAAUACUGGACACAGCAGAGGCUUUAGCAGUAGGUUAAGAUGUAAACCUGCUAAUGCCAACCAAACAGUAAACCUGUAUUUUUGUGGAUGAGGCCUAAGAGUUAGUUAGGUGCUAAAGAUGGAACAAACUAUGGUGAUAUAUUUGUGGUCAUCUGGUCUGAUUUUGAUUCAUGAGGUUCAGUCAUGGAGCCUCAAAGAGUCCAAACAGUUUAUAAGUUGUUCAAGUGAGAAGUUUUUUAGCGUUUACAGUUUUUGUAUCAGACCAUUGGAGACUGACUGACCAACGAGGCUAAAUAUUAACAAAAAUAAUGUGAGGAAGUGUUACUUCCCAGCUCUGCUAGGCUACAUGGAAGCAAACCCAAAUGUGUGUGAUUCUGCAAGACUUGCUAGCAGUCGGGUAUUUUGUUUGCACUUGCUAGCUGGUACUAACUUGAUGUUUUUGAUUUCUGUAGCUGCAUAUCAUUGGAUACUGGUAGCUUAGCCUUGUGCUAAGUUGUGUAACAAAGCACCAGCUUGCUGGAGGUUGGACCAGGAUUUUUCACCACAAACAAAUUCAGCAUUGUUCCUGUUAGCUAAACUCCAGGGCCGGCCUUUGAGUUACAGGUUGAGUUGGAGGUUUAGUUGUUUAAUUUUCUUCUUUACAGUUUAUUCAGCAAGGACUGUUAGCCCAUCGUUUUUGGUUUCCUUUACAGUUUGCCCUCCAUUUCUUGUGGUUUUUAAUGUUUUUGGUCAUUUAUGGUUUUACUUUUUUGCUGUACGACAUGUGAUAGUUUCCAUCUUUUGUCCUAGCGAGCUGGACUGUAACAUGUUUGGGGGCUCGUCCAGGAUACAAAGUUGUCAGCUUUACGUCGAGUCAACAACGUUAGAGAACACAAGUUGUAGGAUUUUAGUGCAAAGAUUCCCCUUGAAAGAGCAAUGUCUGGUCUUUAAAUGUGUUUUUCACAUAUGGUUAAUUGGAAACCCAAACUUCUUCUCGACUGAUGUUGGUUUGAUGGGAAAAAAGUAUCCUAAACCUGGAUGUAAAAAGUUCUCCUGGAUCUCUUGGAUAAUUUGGGUUCCCUGCAGCUGAUAUUUCAACACCUGUAAGCUGAAGCAAACGCACCCUGAUGGACUGAACUAGAGCUUUUCUAUGAAACACCUUUAAUUUAUUGAAUGUUUAUUUAUGUGACUACUGAGCCUGAGAGUGGAAUCAUGUUUGAAAUCUGUGCAGCAGCAAAGUUUAGCGUCCGAACGAUGAACUGCUGGAGUUUCUAUCCAACCGCUGACUCACCUGUACUGAACUGAACUGCGAUAAACUGGGUUUAAAUGGGGAGACGUAGCUUCAGCCGCUGAAUAACCUGCUGUAGAAAACACUGCUGGAGUUUAGGCUGGAUUCCUGAACACGGAGGAGGCGUUGCAAUGUGUUUGAAGGAGUCACAGUUUGUUUCAUAUCACUGUUUACAAGUACUUUGUCCAAAAACAUGGGUAGGUAGUUUACAGAGCAGUAGAAUAAUCAGGGAAAACCUGCAUGUAAAGUCACCAGGGAUGGUUUAGAAAUCAGGUUAGAAAUCCGUCAACAAAAACCUGUGACGUUUAUUGUGAAGGUGGGAAAUAAAAACCCACCUUUUUUGGUUUGUUUUGUCCGCCAGCCACUGUCGAGUUUGGCUCGGCCUGUAAAUGGUGGCUGGCGUUUCCUGUCCUGUUUUUACUGAUGAAUGUAAUUUCUUGUAGAAUGUGUUUCUGCCAUCACAAGUGCUGUCCUCUGCUUUCACCAAACGCUUUCACCACAUGCCCUCCUGGACAUUUUGCAUCCCCGACCUCCCUGUAAGCAUUUAGCAGUAGCAAGCAUUUAUUACGUUCCUGCAGCAGAGAUGCAGAAUGGUUUCUGAUGUGAGCAUCCUGCUGCCAUGUAGAAGUUGUUGCAACAUCUUCCAUGCAAACCUGCAAGUGUAAAGCGAUUUAUCCAGGUGCCUCUGAGUGCUGUUUCAUCUGUUUCAUCUUCUCAGCUCGUCAUAUCUUGUUUCUGCCUCAACAUUUGAACUAAAAAGGCUGUGAAAAAUGAAAAACUCUUCUGGGAUUUUUUAAAAUAACUGCACAUUUAGGUCAAAUGUGAACCAAGACAUAACAUGUUUGGGGGCUUGUCUGAGAUAAAAAGUUUUAAUUUUCAUUCUGUGGCCUAAAACUUUUGAAAACAGCUGCAGUUUUAGGUUAAAAAAUAUACACAUUUGAGACGCAGCUAUCUGACCUUCAAGUAACAGAAUUUACCAUUUAUAUAAAGUGGAGGAGGCUGCAUAAGAGGAUCUAGGAUUAUUUCAAACUUGUGUAAAAUGACUGAAAAACUCGUCCAAAACAACACAAAAAUCUCCAAAGUAACUUGAAACUUGUGUAAGAUGACUGAAGAUUGACUUGGAAAUUAUCUAAAAAUGACUUGAAACAUGCCGUAGAUGACUGAGGAAUGGUCCAUAAUGACUUCAAAGUUGUCCAAAAUGACCCAGAACUUUUCCAACAUCACUCAAGACUUGAUAAUAACAGCAAAGACUUCAGAAAAAAGGAAUUUGAAACCUGGCAAAGAUGACUCAAGAUUGUCCACCAUGAUCUAAAAAUGUCCAAAAUAACUUGUCUCUUAAUGUCUUUAAACUUCACUCAAGAAGAUUUGCCCAAACAGAUAAAACUUGUAACCCAUGUAAAACUAUCCAAAAUUACCCAGAAACAAGUUUUAUCUCUUCAUAUAGCAGACAUCUUGUUUCUGUAUCAUCAUUUUAACUAAAAAGGUUGUGAAAGAAGAAAAACUCUUGUGAGAUUUUGCAAAACAACGGUAGCUUAGCUAAGAAACUCAACAGAGAUCCAGCUCAGUUUCCCCCAAUGAACCAGGUCCUAACAUGUGUGAGGGUUUAUCUGGGAUAGAAUGGUUUAUAGUUUUGCUCUGUGACAUGAGAUUUUUUCCAUAAAACUGCAGUUUUACUUAAAAAACACAUUUGAGAUAAAUGUGUCUGACCUUUCUGUCAAAGAAUAUUCCAUUUGCAUUUAAAUGGUUACAGUUAGUGGAAAAAGCUCCAUAAAUGGAUCUAGAAUUAUUUAAAACUUGUGUAAAGUGACUCAAGAACUCAUCCAAACAACACAAAAAUCUCCAAAGUAACUUGAAACUUGUGUAAGAUGGCUCAAGAUUGACUCGGAAAUCAUCUAAAAAUGACUUGAAACAUCCCAUAGAUGACUCAGGAAUGGUCCAUAAUGACGUCAAAAUUUUUCAAAAUCUCUCAAGACUUAACGACAAUGACAGAGCCUUGUUGAAAACAACAAAAAAAUUGCUCAAAAUUCUCUAAUGGAACUUAAAACCUGGCAAAGAUGACUCAAGAGUGUCCACUAUGACCUGAAAGUGUCCAAAAUAACUUAUCUCUAAACGUCAUUAAACUCGACUCAAGAAGAUUUGCCCCAACUGAUUAAACUCAAAACUUCUCUAAUUACUCCAGAAGUGUCCAUAAUUACUCAGAAACAGGUUUUAUCUCUUCAUCUAGUGGACAUCGUGCUCCUGUAUCAUCGUUUUAACUAAAAGGGUUGUGGAAGAAGAAAAACUCUCCUGAGAUUUUGCAGAACAACUUUAGUUAUAGCGAGAAACGAAGUGAAGGUGCAGUUAAGUUUCCACCAAUGAACCAGGUCCUAACAUGGGCUCGUCUGGGAUAGAAAGUUUAGUUUUUUGUCCUUUGACCCGAAAUUUUGUAAAAUGGCUGCAAUUUUAGGUAAAAACACAUUUGAGAUGCAGCUAUCUAACUUACACCUCAAGGAAUGUGCCAUUUAUAUAAAGUGGUUGUAGGUAAGUGUGGGAAAAAAGCUGUGGAAAGUGAGUUUAAAGGGAUCUAUCAAGGUUUAAUCUCUUCAUAUAUAUAGAUAUCUUGUUUCUGUGUCAUCAUUUUAACUAAUAAGGUUGUGAAACAAAAGAAAGAAAGAAAAGCUCUGCUGGGAUUUUACAAAACAACUGGUAAGAUUUGAAAUGGGUUGUAACAUAUUUGAUGAUUUUCUGACUUUUAUCUAUGACACCGCUGUAAUGUCAAAAUUUAAUUUUAAGAUUCAAGAUUCUGUUAACAACAUAAUCACUGAUCAGAGGCUGUUUAAAAGCACAAAGUCUCAUAUUAUCAACUGUGCAAAUCAUCUUAAAUUCCAGUGUCACUGCUGCAAAAGUUACUUUCUGCUGCAAACAAACCAAAAAACACAAAAUAAUCUGAAUAUAAAAGAAAAAUGAAAGCAAAGCGUGCUCACAGUAGAUCCAAGGAUUCAUUUUGUCAAGUUUUCUUGUAUGUUUUGUAACUUCAGUUCUAAAUUAGUCAAGUCCAUCCAUCCAUCCUCUAUACACCGCUUUAUCCUCAUUAGGGUCGCGAGGGGUGCUGGAGUCUAUCCCAGCUGACUCGGGUGAAGGCAGGGGACACCCUGGACAGGUCGCCAGUCUGUCGCAGGGCUAAAUUAGUCAAGUCAAUUUCUAUAAUUAUUUUCACUAGAGGGUCUCAUCAUUUUAUGUACUAUAAUGUUAAGUUUUUAUAAUCCUUUCAGGUUUUAUGCCCUAAUAUGUAAAUUAGUCAGGUAAAUUCACAUCUUAAACAACACUACAGUGACUUGACUUUGUAAAGCUGUAGUUUCUUACCUUUCCUGCAAAAUAAGUUGUGUAUUUAUUCAAUCACUGUGCUUAAGUACAUUUUUUUAAUGUAGUUGUGCUUAAGUGUUUCCAUAUUUUAUUACUUUCUACAUCUUCACAAUAUUUUCGAGGCAAAAAUUGCACUUUGUGGUCAUUUAUUUUAAAGCUUUAAUUGCUCUGCAGAUUAGGAUUAUUAUUUUAAAAAAUAAAUGAGCCAGUAAAUCGUUCAAUAACCUCAUAAAUGAAAUUAUCCGGCUGUAUAUGAAGGUAUUUUUACCGAUUACCACUGCACAGACUCAGAAAGACACCUGUCAGUCCGCUCAUCAAGGCGGGGCUUCAGAUAACAUAUAAACAUCACUUCCGGGUUCAGCGGCUCAAACCUGGCAGCUACAGCCAGACGGUGUUUCUCUUCAUCCCCGCCCGCCAAAACUGCAGCUGACCGGUGAGUAAUUUUAUAUCACAUUAAACGUUCACUUAUCAGUUUAUUUCGGACGGUUAGUGUUUGUUUACAUCCUUAGACUGUGACUUUACGAGCUGCUGUUGGGUGAAGUUAGCAACUAGCUAGCGAUCGAAGCUAACGCUAGCAAAGAAAAUUAGAUAAAGUAAGCCAAAGUUAGCUUGGUUUACUGAAGGUUUAGAGGCAGAAACUCCCCUAAAUGUGUCUCUGAACGACUUUACUUGCUCUGUGUCUGACAUUAGAACCAGGCCAGCUUUUAUUUAGCUGUAGAAACAGUUUUAAAAAACCAAAUUUAUCAAAAGGAAAUUCAGCAACUGCAUGGGGACUGAAGUGUAAAUAAUAAAGAGGAAGAUAAACUCCACUGGUGCUAUUAUUCACAGCAUUGUGUGUAUAUAUUCAAUAAACCUGUUAGAUUUAACCUAAAUGCAAACUUAUAGAAGGCUGAAUUAUAUCUCCAUGCUUUAUUUUAUUUUAUAUAUUCUAGCAGUGUUUCUGACAUUAUAUUUCUUUAACUGGUGCUGCUUUAGUGUAUUUUGUGCUGUUCUGUUGGUCCUGGACCUGUAAGGUGUAUUUGCUUUGUAUUAUUUUUGAUCAGUUAAACCCGUUUUAUCUAAAUUUGGAAUUUAAAAAUAUAUCUGGACUUGGGCCUGAUUAUAAAUCAUCGACUGGAGUUUUGCCGAAUAAACGCCGAUAUAUUCUUAAUUUCUCAUAAAACGGUAAAUGCUGUUAAAGGGAUAGUUCGGGAUUUUUGACAUGAAUCUGUAUGGCAUCCCCGUCGGCAGUGUUGUGCAUUCACACAGACUUACCCCCGACAGCGUCCGGUGAGCAGAGAUCCGGUCCGGUUUUGGUCCAGAUGAAGGUAGUCCGGCAAGUUUGCUGGGGUCACGGAAAUGAAGCGUUUUUCUUCUCAACCCAAUAUGUGUUCGAAAGAGUGAUAUAUUUGCAUCACAAAACCGUUGCCCACGAAAAAGUCAGACCUCGUAAACGCUUGGCACCAUUUUCUCUCCCAAACUCCCUUAAAGUUUUGUAUAUACGGCUGUUAUACAAGGCAGCUGGAGUGAAUAUGUAAAAUAACAGAUUGAACAGGCCAUUCUCCCAGGAAGGUCAAUAGGUCAUAAAUUAUAAAUCAUCUAAUUUUCAGCAACUUUGAUAAUAUUUAUUAAUACAAAAUACAUUUUACUUCAGUAAAAUACAGUUUUUCAACCUUCUUGAUCACGUCUUGAUUAUGACGAGUAGGUAUUCUGGCUCUGUAUCCCUCCACCUUCUCUACUGUGAGAGUUUCAGCUUUUCUGAUGGGUUCUUUUUGUUCCAAGUGUCUGUGCAAAAAAGUAGCCUAAUACCUGUUCUUUUGAACAGGUAUUAGGCUAUCAUUUUUGGCUGAUAAUAAAUACAGUCUUCUUGAACUCCUAGUGUUUUUUGAUGCCAUCUUUGCAAUUGAAAGCUUUUUCUAUGCUCUGUAAUGGUCUGUAUUUAUAUAGCGCUUUACAUGAUACGUCACAUUCACCCAUUCACACACUGAUGGCGGAAGCUGCCAUGCAAGGCGCUAACCAUGACCCAUCAGGAGCAAUUAGGGGUUCAGUGUCUUGCUCAGGGACACCUCGACAUGAGCUCGACGGGCCAAGGAUCGAACCAGCAACCCUCCGGUUGCAAGACGGCCAUUUUCUAUGCUGAGCGUCCAGUUGUCAAUGAUGGGGAACUAUGAAGACGUCCAUCCAUCUAUCCUCUACACACCGCUUUAUCCUCACUAGGGUCAUGGGGGGUGCUGGAGCCUAUCCCAGCUGACUCGGGCGAAGGCAGGGGACACCCUGGACAGGUCACCAGUCUGUCACAGGGCUACAUAUACAGACACACAAUCACACUCACAUUCACACCUACGGACAAUUUAGAAUAGUGUAUUUUUGGACUGUGGGAGGAAGCUGAAGUACCCGGAGAAAACCCACGCAUGCACAGGGAGAACAUGCAAACUCCAUGCAGAAAGAUCCCAGGCCCACCCUGGGAUUUGAACUGGGACAUUCUUGCUGCAAGGCAAAAGUGCUAACCACCACAGCACUGCCUAUGAAGACAUUGAAGAGAAUUUGAUCCAGUCCGUAGUAUACACCAACCCAAUAGCAUCAAUGAAGAAAACUUCUGGGCGACUGAGCAACCUCUAAAUAUUAAUGUAUUCUUCUAUAACUUUGCAAGUCCCAUUUUUUUAGUUGAUUGGAGCAUUUUUAGGGGGGUCAGACGAUAAAAUUUCCAAAUAAGGACCACCUUACUGUCCAACAUGCGGCCUGUGGGCUGAAACGGGUCCUCCAGAGGGUCCAAUCCGACCCUCAGUGUAAACAGUGUAAAAGUUCCAGAGAAGACAUUAACUGCAGAUUGUAAAUUAGUAAAACUAUAAAUUUAGAAUAAUUUCUACACCAUCACAAGUUGUUCUGAUCAUAAAGUAAAAUACUAGAUUUUUCUUUCAUUUUUUUUGUCUCAUUUUUGUAGUGAUUUGUCUUGUUUUUGUUGUUUUAGUCUGACUUUUGUCAUGUGUUUUUAUUUUGUGUUUCCUUUUUGUCUCACUUGGUUUUUGUCUUAUUUUUGUCAUUCUGUGUUUUGCUUUAUUUGCUGUUUCAUGUGUCGUUUUGUCAUUUUGUGUUUUUUGUCUCACUUGUGUUGUCCAUGUUUUUCUUGCUUUGAAACUGUUUUGUCUAAUUGUCUCCAUUGUUGUUUUGUUUCAUGUUGUUUGUCUCAUUUUCUGUCAUUUUGUGUUUCCUUUUGGUCUCGCUUGCAUCAUUUGUCUAUUGUUUUGUCACUUUGUUUCUUGCUUUUGUCAUAUUGUGUCUCAUUUUUUAAUAUUUUGUCUUGUUUUUGCUGUUUUUUGUCUUUUUGUUUGACUUGUUGCUUGUCUCAUGCUUUUGUUACUUUCUGUUUCCUUUUUGUUCUCCCACCUGUAGUGUAGUUUGCUGAUACCUGUCUUUUGAUCGAUCUUUCUUAUGUUUUCUUUCAGGUAGACGAUGGCCCCCGCAACUAUGUCCAACUUCCAGCGUCUCGUCAGAGCCUUCAACGCUUACAUCAAAGCUAAGCAUCAUCGCCAGUUUGUGGGUCUUGACCCAAAAAUCCCAACGCCGAUGCGAUUCAGAAGGAUAGAACAGCAUCUGAUGAAGGCGGUCCAACCGGCGGCGGGAAGUCCUGCGGUGGACGCUCUGAGGGAGGGGAACGCCAAGAACUGGACUGUUACGACCAUCCAGAUCCUGCAGGAGCACUACGACCAGAUCCUGAAAGACCUGCCGUCUGUCGUGGCCCCUCUAGUGGCCGGAGAGGACUGGGAGACGGCCCUGGUGGUGGCCGUCCGCUGGGUCCAACGAGACCUCAGGAGGAUCAGACGGAAUGUCGUGGACAAGGCGGUGGCCGACAUCAGGGAGAUCGUGAUCAGAGUGUUGGCGGAUUCAGGAGUCCAGGUAGCUCGACCGGCCCGGUCUACCGUGAAAGAGUCCAGCGCCGUGGAGCCGGACCUGGAGCCGGUCCAACAAGCAAAGAAGCUGAAACUGGACCAGGAUCAGAAACCUGAGGCUCCUCCCACCUUCAAAUCAGAGGCUCCUCCCACCUUCAAAUCAGAGGCUCCUCCCACCUUCAAAUCAGAGGCUCCUCCCACCUUCAAAUCAGAGGCUCCUCCCACCUUCAAAUCAGAGGCUCCUCCCACCUUCAAAUCAGAGGCUCCUCCCACCUUCAAAUCAGAGGCUCCUCCCACCUUUAAAUCAGAGGCUCCUUCCACCUUUAAAUCAGAGGCUCCUCCCACCUUCAAAACUGGGCCUCUUCACAGCUGUUGCUCCUCCCAUCUUAACUCCUGAGUGGAUCAUGUGAAUAAAAGUGAAAGACACCAGGACGGCCUGGUCACUUGUUUUUAACUUGUUCAGUGUUUUUUUUCAAAUGUUUGAGAAUUUUUGUUAAUAAAACUUUCUUAUAAUUAAA